AUGCGCGUAGCAGCUGACGUCUAUUUAAACAAGCUUCCAUCUUCCUACGUGGCUCUCAACCUUGUCUCUCCUACACCUAUGGCCACUCCUGUUAUGGAUCGAACUCAAACUCCCGUCAUGGAUCGAAGCCAACUAAUUCAAUACGACGAGUGCCUUAGAGCCAUCCUCAUCUCCCAUGCCCGUGUCGUUUACGGCCCCGGAUAUCCUGCUGGCUCCGUUUUCGACGUUGUAAAUAGCCCUGGAGUGAUUGACAGCACUCGCACUGUUUCUCACGUCAUCGUUUACCCUACAGCAAAGCUAUUCCCGGCAGACGCUGGCAAGUGUGUUGAGGUUAUGCGCUCCACUGAGCAUCUCUAUGUACAAGAAACCUACUGGAGUCUUAUGAGAAUAUUGCGGCCUAAAAUCCUCAAAGCAAUUGAUGAUCAGAACCAGUAG